AUGGCAGAAAAUACAAGUCCAGCUAUCACUAUGACUUGUGAGGUUUGUUCAGAGUAUUACACUGACCCCCUCAUGCUUCCCUGUCUUCACUCAUUCUGUAAGAAGUGUCUAAUAAAAGCUAAAGAGAAGGAAAGUAGUGCUGAUACCUCAUUAAAGUGUCCAACGUGCGACACUAGCGUUAAUUUACCUGGUUCGAGCAUAAAUCAAAAGAAGCUUUCAUUAAAGAUAAACUUAUUACAAAGUGUGGCUAGUUGUGAUGAAGUCAUUCCUCCAAUCACUGAAGCUAUUGCUAAUGGAGAAAAAAUGCUAGAGCAGAUAGCAACACGUAAAGAAGAAGUAACCAAGGAAAUCCAGGAAACAUUUGAAGAGCUUAAAGCUCUUUUAGGUAAGAGAUGCAAUGAUCUACUAAUGGAGACUGAAGAGAUUGCUAACGCUAAGAGAAGUUCCGUCAUGAAGCAGUUGGACGGGUUUCGUAAACUGGUAAAACAGGUUUCUUGUGGUUGUCAUCUAGUAUCAUCAGUGAGUGAGCGUACUGAUCCAGGUGAAAUUCUCAGUGUUAAAAAGCUAAUCACUAAUCAACUAGAGAAUUGCAUUGAAGAUGAUGGGAGUAAAGAGGAGGGUAGAGUUGUUAUAGUUAAUGAUAACAACACAGCCAUUGUAUCAUGCACACCUCAAGACUGUAGGCUGGGGAAUGGUCUGGCUCGCGAAACUACUCAAAGUAUUGGUCAAUAUGAGCUAUCAGUGACUAUAAAAGGGCAACAUAUUAAAGGCAGUCCUUAUCAACUGUCAGUAAAAGCAUCAAGAGACUAUCGUAUAGCGGGAUUUAUUGACGAGUAA